AUGUGGCGUGAUCGUACAAAUCUCUAUAUCUCCUAUCGACAGUCAUAUGCACAUCACCCCGCAAAGAAACCAAAAUAUUCAAGCUCCUCUGGCAAUGGAUACUCAGAUAGUAUUGGAGGGGCUUCGGAGGAACGCAGAGGACUUAUGUCCGCUGGCGCAUUCGAAGAUGACGGCGAUGCGAUAAUAGAAAUGGAUUUACUACCACCGAGAUGGGCAGAUAUCAGCGACGAAGUUACAGAAUAUCUUACGGAUAUCGCAAACAAGAGUCAAAAAUUGGAGAAACUACAUCAAAAACAUGUAUUGCCAGGAUUCGAUGAUGAAGAAGUCAAGAAGAAGGAAGAAAGGGAGAUUGAAUUAUUGACACAACAAAUUACCAAGGGAUUUCACGAUUGUCAGAGGUCAAUUCAGAGAGUAGAGCAAAUUGUUCGUGACUCACGGCAUCAAGGAGGCAUAAGUAAAGGAGAGGAAACUAUGGCAAGAAAUAUUCAGAUUUCACUAGCAUCGAGGGUACAAGAAGCAAGUGCGGGAUUCAGAAAAAAGCAAAGUACUUAUUUGAAGAAGUUACGAGGCUUAGGAGGUAUGAAUGCACCUAUUGAACGAACGUCUACCCCUCUUUACAGUAACUAUAUCGACCCCUCCAUCAUGGAAUCCGACGCCGAUAAAUCAUUCUCCCAAGCAACCCUCCAACAAACCUCUCAAAAACAACUCACCUCCAACGAUGCAGCCAUAAUGCAACGAGAACGUGAAAUCAAUGAUAUCGCACAAGGUAUCAUCGAACUCGCCGACAUUUUCAAGGAACUUCAAACUAUGAUUAUAGAUCAAGGAACUAUGUUGGAUCGCAUAGACUACAACGUGGAAAGAAUGGCGGUAGAUGUCAAGGCUGCGAAUGUGGAAUUAAAAGCUGCAAGCGGAUACCAAAGAAAAGGGACGAAGAGGCGAAUUAUUUUGUUAUUGAUCCUAUUAGUUGUAGGUAUGUUUAUUUUGCUCUUGGUAAAACCAAAGAAGCAUAGAGGCGAGGUAGAGGAAAGUGUACCACCACCAUCGCCACCUUAA